AUGAAGGUCGCCGACGUCUUCGCUCUCGCCCUCAUCCUCGCCGAGGGCAGCUUCGCCGCUCGCCUUACCCGCAUGCGACAGGGCCGCGAUGACAUGCACCGCUACGGCCUUAGCAGGCGCACGCGGCCGCCAACCGCCAAGAUCAAGAUGGGCAGCGGCCAGGAUAUGCGCAUGGAGGUCCAUGACGCCAUGAAGCCAACAGCCGCAAGCAGAAGGUGGAGUAUAGCGACGAACUCGAUCCUGCAGAGCGGUAUCGACUUCUACGUCGACGACGACGUCCAAGGCUUUGAUGCCUGGUACGAGCGGUAUCCUAAUUCCGCCUACGACUUCAAAGGCAUGAAGAUCAGCACGGGCGACGAGAUCAUGGUUACCGAUACGGCCAAUAGCGCGACUGAGAGCAAAGUUACAAUCGAAAACCUGUCCACCGGCCAGACGUGGAUCGUCGAGGACUUCGAGGAGAACGACAUGCUGGUCCCAUUCGUCAACUUCGAUAACGUGACUUUUACUAUGUCCCCGGCCACCAGCGGCGACACGACCUAUGGUUCCAGCGGCGCCACCGUUAUGGAAAUCAUGCAGAAAGGCAGCGCGAUAACGGACGUGUCCAUACAAGGCAGCCAAAUUGUCGUCCAGCGCAUCCAGUCUUAG